CAUUUAUCAGCCGUUUGUCGCAGGAUGCUGAACGAUACUAUGAGUUAAAACGUUGAAUUGAUUUCAUAUACCAUAGCCGAUUGUUUUGUGCUCGUUUGCUUCUUGCUAAUUAAAUUUACGACUUUCGUUGCUGGUUGCAAUAAAAUUAAUAUCGCAUUUGAUUUGAUAAAAGAAAACGCGUUUAAAAAGUUUCUUUAAGUUUAACGUAUUGCAAUUAGAAAACGUCGAAAAGAUAUUGAAGAAAAGUGCACAAAUCACAUUGCUUAGAAUCGGCCCAUUGGAAAAUAUUACAACGAAAAAGUGUGUACCAAUAGUUGAAACCAAAACAGUUUUGAACAAUUUUCGAAUUUUAAUUUCAAAAAUCAUGAUCAUAAUAUCGAAUUCGUGUUAAGUGCUUUGAAUAAAAUAGUGAACCAAAAACACUUUGACUUGUUUCCAAUAAUUAUUGCAUUACAUUCAAAUUUUAUAUAAUAUAAGUGAUUUUUUCAAUUUUUUUCUUCAUUUUAUCUGUGGGUAAGAAUCAGCUAGCAAAAUGCAAUCAACCGAUCCCGGUGGUCCUGGUCAAAUGUCACCAGAUCAAAUGAAAUCGUCAUCGUCAUCGUCAUACUCAUGGGAGGCAACCAAAACAUGGAUGAUCCGAUGGCGGGGCUCUCGUCAACUGGUCCUCGUCAUCGUGGCUAUUGCCCUGCUAUUGGACAAUAUGCUACUGACCGUUGUAGUACCAAUCAUACCGGAAUUUUUGUACGAUAUACGACAUCCGAACGCAACAUUGGAUAGUCUGCCACGAAUACCGCUCACCACACCAGCUCCAUGCGAUCGUCCUACAGAUGGUACCGAAGUUACAACGCUGUCUGCUGAAAAUGCUAGUUUCUACGCUGAAUUGGAUAAACGUCACAAAGAAUUGGUCGGAGAGACUGUCGAAAUCGGUAUUAUGUUUGCUUCAAAAGCUUUUGUUCAACUGCUUGUGAAUCCAAUUGUCGGUAUUCUUACUCAUCGCAUCGGCUACAGCAUUCCAAUGUUCUGCGGCUUCAUCAUUAUGUUUAUUUCAACCAUCAUUUUUGCAUUCGGUCGUUCAUACUGGGUUUUAUUUGUGGCAAGAGCACUUCAAGGUGUUGGUUCAUCAUGUUCGUCGGUGUCCGGUAUGGGAAUGUUAGCUGAUCGUUAUACGGAUGAUAAAGAACGUGGCAAUGCGAUGGGUAUAGCUUUAGGUGGUUUGGCAUUGGGUGUAUUGAUUGGCCCACCAUUUGGCGGCAUAAUGUAUGAAUUCAUUGGUAAAACGGCACCGUUUUUGAUAUUAUCGGCAUUGGCUUUGGGCGAUGGAGUAUUGCAACUAUUUAUGCUUCAACCAAAGAUUGUUCAACAAGAUGCGGAUCCACCAUCACUCAAAUCACUUGUAUCUGAUCCAUAUAUUCUGAUUGCUGCAGGUGCCAUUACAUUUGCCAAUAUGGGUAUUGCAAUGUUGGAACCAUCAUUACCAAUUUGGAUGAUGGACAAUAUGGGCGCUAGUCGAUGGGAAGUUGGUAUUGCAUUUCUACCGGCAUCAAUAAGCUACUUGAUUGGCACAAAUCUAUUUGGACCAUUGGGCCAUAAGAUUGGACGUUGGUUAGCCGCUUUGCUUGGCCUAGUCAUUAUUGGCAUUUCGUUGCUUUGUAUUCCACUUGCCACGUCCAUAACACAUUUAAUUUUACCAAAUGCUGGUCUUGGCUUUGCCAUUGGUAUGGUGGACUCAUGUAUGAUGCCUGAGCUUGGUUACCUUGUCGAUAUCCGACAUUCAGCUGUUUAUGGUAGUGUUUAUGCAAUUGGCGAUGUAGCAUUCUGUGUUGGCUUUGUGGUUGGACCAGCUUUAAGUGGCACGCUUGUGAAUAGUAUCGGCUUCGAAUGGAUGUUAGUGGGCAUUGCUUGUUUGGGUUUCCUUUAUGCACCUUUGUUAACAUUUUUGCGUGCACCACCAACCAAAGAAGAGAAAAAGGUAAGUGAUGUCAUAACAAAUGGUGUCGCUGCCAUUACAAACGAUGAUAAAGGCGAAAAGAAAGGCAUCUUCAAUAUUGCAAUGACACUUGACAAUGGUGACCUUGCGCUUCCACAAUCAUCAUUGAACGGCAAUUGCACGGCAACCGAACACUGCGUUACCAAAUUAUAAAUUAUAAGUUAUUAUUCAUUUUUUUCAUUGUUGACUUUUAGUUUUUAUGAUUAUUUUUAAUUUUAUUUAAAAAAAAAACGAAAAUUCCACAUUUUGCAACAAGUUUUUCUUUGGAUUUUAGUUGAAAAUUGAGUAAAUAGUAUAUGUAGCAAGUUUUUUUCUUUCUACAAGAAGAAAUACAUACAUUUGUGUAAAAAGGGAACUGCAAAUGCGAAGAAAAAUGCUCGUCUUUAUUACUUACAAUUGCCGUAAACAAAUAGACACACACCCAUACACACCCAUCGCCAGUGAAUAUCAAAUGAAUUUUUCCAUUUUAAGUUUAAAUUAUUUAUAUGUUGGAAUUUUAAUCUGUAUA